AUGGUCAGAGGUAGGGGGAGCACAUAAUACAGGGAUUGAAGAUUUCAGGUUUUCCUACUGCAAAAUUUGGAUUACCUUGACACAGAAUUUUAAUUAAAAAUAGUAAUAGGUGAUGUAAAUGGCUCUAUAAGAGAACGUCUGCUCUGGCAAAAGGUAGAACAUUUAUUCUGGGAAAGCAAGGUGCAAAACCUGGUAGGUGCUUGAAAGAGCAUGCUCUCCCACAAAAAAUGUUUCCUCUGCAAAAUUGGCUGACGGGAGAUUUUCAUAAUCAUCAAAGCAGGGUGGGUUUGAUUUAAAUCAAAUUGAUUUAAAUCACGAUUUAAAUCACUAGUCCGUAAGACUUGAUUUAAAUUUUUUUUUUUACACAAAGACUCAUUCUUGCUGGUAUAAUCUUAACAUUUACAACCAGAUGAAGGUUUCAUUUUUGGAAUAAUAAAUUUUCAGAGUAGUUUUUACAGUUAUAUCAAAAAUUUCUGAUUUGGUUAUACUAUUAGAAAUACGUAGACCAAUAAUUAUGAAAUUAUUGUGAGGUUUAAUAAGUUAACUUUAUAUUUGGACAACUUUGCUGUACUUUAUUGGAAGGAGAAAAAUAAUAAUUUCUUUAACAAUUUAAACAAUGUACUUAACUAAAACAAUGACAUUAUAGCAUAUGUAUCCAUGUUUGUUCACUGAUGUGGUCAAACAAAUUUUUUUAAUAAAGAAAACAGACUGAGUUUUAGUACACAUGAAAAACUUAAACAAAUCCUUAUUUCCUGAUGAAUAGCCUUUAGACUAUAGUGUAACAUAAAUAGAAGAUUAUCUUUAGAAAGAUUUUCCCCCAAAAGCAUUUUAUUUUAAAAAUCCGAUUGAAAUAAAAAAAAUCUGAUUGAAAUUUUUAAAAUCUGAUUUUUUAAAAAUCAUUUAUUUUUAUCCACCCUGCCUCAAAGUGUUGUUACAAACAGAUAUUAAUAAAAAUAAUAACUGCAUUGUUCUCCCAAACCUCUUAUCUAGAAAUGAAGAGACUGCAAAAGCUGUGGACUGAAGUUGGAACACUGAGCUUUAUUCUUCUACAUAUCAUUCUUCAAAGACGUGAUAAAAUACUGCACUCAGAAAUAAAAGUUACACUGUUUCUAGAUACGCUGUACAAAAUGUUUCACGUUCGCACAAAUGGGCAAAUAAUAAACAUAUUUAUAGGGGACGGGCCUUGA